CCUGGUUACUUCCAGCUUCCAGCUUCUCUCCAAACUUCCAGCAAUUUUCUCAGGUUCUCUCCAAACUUCCAGCUUCAGGUCAAUGGUAAUAGAUAAUGACAUGCCAGUUUCAUUUAAGCUUCAUUCGCCCCAAGUUUCUCUGUUCUCGGGUGCAUGAUCAACGUUGUCAUCAGAUGUUAUGUAAUCUUUCAUGUAUAUUAUUUGAGACUAAUUAUUGACGCUUAAACUUCCAUUUUCCUUGAACAAGUUGAUUGAAGUACCUCAUCAUAUUGGUUGUCAUUUCUAUCAUUGGUUUUUAUUUUGCUGAACAUUAUCUUUCUACUUGGACACAGAGUGUGAAAAUAUGGAAUCCGGGAACGAAAAUGGUUUCAUGGAAUCCGAUAAUGAGAUAGUUUCGGACAAUAUCAAUGUUGCGGAUAACGACACCUUGAGAGGAGAUGGAGAGAUUGUGCCCGAGGUGGGUAUGACAUUUAAAGAUGAAAAGGAGUUGUUUGAUUUCUACAAGCAAUAUGCCUAUUCAAUUGGUUUUCCGGUCAGAAAAAGAAAUUCUAAAAAGGGGGAUGAUGGAACUGUUAGAUUUGUGACAUUUACAUGUAGUCGUGAAGGCCGAAGGUCUAGUAAUACAAACAGCGCUUUAAGGCCGCAACCAACAAGUCAAACAGAUUGUAAAGCACGGAUAUCUGCAUCUGCGGACUGUAAUGGCACAUGGAGAAUUAACACGGUCAACCUCCAGCACAACCAUAAGACAAGUCCUUCGAAGUCUAGGUUGUUUCGGUGCAAUCGGGAAUUAAGUGCAAAUGUAAAACGGAAGCUUGAAAUGAAUGACAUAGCGGGAAUUCCACUGCACAAAAGUUUCAACUCUGCAGUUGUAGAGGCAGGUGGGUAUGAUAAUAUGACAUGUAUUGAAAAAGAUUGCCGAAAUUAUAUUGAACAAGUUAGACGGUUACGACUUGGAGAGGGAGAUGCGACAGCAUUACAAUCUUACUUUUCGCAGAUGCAAGCACGAUGCUCAGGGUUUUACUUCGCUAUGGAUUUGGAUGACGAGUCUCGACUUAAGAAUGAAUUUUGGGCAGAUAAUAGAUGUAGGCAAGCUUACAAGGAGUUCGGCGAUGUUGUAACCUUUGAUACCACUUAUUUGACGAAUAAGUACGACAUGCCUUUUGCACCUUUUGUUGGUGUAAAUCAUCACGGACAAUCGACAUUGCUUGGUUGUGGCUUGUUAUCAAAUGAGAAUACAAGUACGUUUGUUUGGCUGUUUAGGACGUGGCUUCAGUGCAUGCAUGAUCAACCUCCAUGUGCAAUAAUUACCGAUCAAGACAAAGCCAUGCAGAAUGCAAUCGAGAUUGUAUUUCCGAAUACUAGACAUAGAUGGUGUUUGUGGCACAUUAUGAAGAAAUUGCCAGAGAAGUUUGGGUACCACAUUGAUAAAAGUUCAAUAUUUUCGACUAUACAUCGUUUGGUAUAUGACUCGCAGGUUGUUGAUGAAUUUGAAAAAGGUUGGAGAGCCAUGAUCGAUGAGUUUGAGUUGCAUGACAAUGAUUGGUUGUUUGGAUUGUACGAAAAUCGAGGUCGUUGGGUGCCUUGCUUUUUGAAAACAACUUUCUGGGCCGGGAUGUCUACAACACAACGAAGUGAAAGUAUAAAUGCAUUUUUUGAUGGGUACGUCCAUUCGAAGACCUCUUUGAAGCAGUUCGUUGAACAGUAUGAACGAGCACUAAGAAAUAAGGUUGAAAAAGAGUUCCAGGCAGAUUUCAAAUCAUACUCGCAGAUGGUCCCGUGUGCAACAAGUUUUGAGAUGGAAAAACAAUUUCAAUUAGUAUACACAAUUUCAAAGUUCAAGGAAGUUCAGGAUGAGUUUGUAGGGAAGAUUUACUGUGAUGUCGCUUCAGAAGUAGAGGGAUUGGAUGGGGUGAAGUACGAGGUUCGGGAGUCUGUAGUAUACCUCGAGGGUAGGAAGAAGAAAACAUUUCUCGUCUCAUUUCGGAGGGAGACUAGCGAAGUGAUGUGUAGUUGCCACUUGUUUGAGUUUCGAGGAAUUGUUUGUAGGCAUGCGAUCACUGUGUUGGACCGUAAUGACUUGACCCGAAUGCCAGAGAAGUAUAUAUUGCGGCGGUGGAGGAGAGAUGUCGGUAGGGCACAUACAAGGGUCGCAGUGAACUACGCCGGGUUGGUUAGUACACCUGAACAAUUAAGAUAUGAUGAUAUGUGUCAAGCAUUUUCGGAGGUGGCAGACCUCGCUGCGAAUGACGAAGGGCGGGCUCGGGCAAUAAUGGAUUGGAUAAAAUGCCAAGCAACAGAGUUGAGGACUUCCCGGUCGAGUGGUGGUAGUAAUGUCCUUCCCCAGCAAAAUUUUCAGGGUGCCACACAGUGUAUUGGAUCGCAGAAUACUACUGGCGUGAGUGUGUUGAAUCCUAACUUGUCAAACAGAAAGGGCGCGCCAAAGAAGCUUCGGAAAAAAGGCCCGUUGGAGUCUAUUUCGAAGAAGGCAAGUUCGAAGUCAGACAAAGGAAAGCGACUCAGAGAUAGGCGUACUGAUAUGGAAGAGACGGCACCUGAAGUCCAGCAAUCUCAACAACUUCAACAUUCGCAGCCAACACCAUUCUCGUAUUCACAGCUUCUGUUGGGUGACUUCGAAAGUCAAGUGUGUACGCAACCUUCAGUGGCUUCUCCUAAUGUUGUAUUCAAUUCACAAGGUGCGUCUUUUGCUAACUCGCAUUUACCGCAUCCCGAAGUUGCAGUGACUGGAACGAGCCAAAUGGCAUACAAUUAUGUUCAGGUUCAAGGUUCAGAUUCUUUUUUAAUAGCAACGCACUUGCCAAAUUUGUCCAAUGUUCUCCCAAUUACUCAUCCAAGAAGGUCGUUUCACAACGAUGCUAGAAUCUCAGACGACAAGUGAAAAUGGAGGAUUGCACGAGGGUGUUUAUGUAUUUUGCCUCAGUAUGUUGGUUCAGCUAUACCAUGAAAAAUGGAGACGCAAAUUUUAGAUACAAUGUGCAUCUUAGAUACAAUGUAUUCUGUUCUUUAAAUGUUUUAAAUUUUCAAGUUAUAAAGCUUGUUUUGUGACCUUAAAUUCUGCCAAGGAAGUUCAACACUGAAUUUUGAAUGCAAUGGCAAUUGAAUUAA